GGUGGUGUUAUCAUGUGUCUGUUUCAACUCCCAGCCUGACAGAAUUUGUGUGUGUGUUUUUUGUGUGUGUGUGUGUGUAACUACCCCUACACAGUGGCUGCCAAGGCUUGCCCAUGAGUUAAACCUUCUUUAGUUGGUAAUGAGGAAGGCGUGGGCUCUAGCAGUGGACACCCGAAGGCAGCAGUGGGUGAAAACAAGCAAAAUAAAGAAAAGUUUGGCUGUGAGAAGGUGCUAGACAGCCAGCCAUAGUGACGAGGAGGCAGGAAGGUAGAUCACAAGCACAACCAACAUCACCACCACAGGGAAGAUUGAGUGUCUGGAGGCAAGUGGCAGUGACCUGUACCUAGGCUCAGAUGAAAGCAUGGUGGUUCACUACCUGGUGGAGGAGCGGACCAGCGAAUCCACUGGGAAGAUCAUCUACUCCACCAACAGGAUGAGUCAGAAAAACCUGGGAACAAAAAAGGCAGUGACGCAGCUGAAGACGGCCUCAGCACUCUGUCGCCUGAUGGCCCUGAGUGAUGGGAACCUCUACCUCCUGGACUCUGACAUGCUUAACACUAUCGGCUCGGGACCAAAGAUUAAGAACGUGACAGUGUUUUGCGUCAAUGAGAACCCAAACACUCUGGACCCCUUCACUGUGCAGCUGUGUGUGGGGAAGAGGAGGUGCAUUCAGUUCUGCUCCCUGCAUGAGGACCGCGUCUCCUUCCUGCGGGAACUCUCCACCCAUGAGCCAGUCAAUAUAGCCAUGGAUGGAAACUACGUGUGUGUGGCCGGCCAGGGGCAAUACUGUGUGUUCAACGUAGAGGCAGCAACGCGCCAGGACUUGUUUCCCUAUGACAUGGCGACUACUUACCCCCACGUCAAGAGGAUAGCUAAGGAGGAGUUUCUCUUGGCUGGCCCUGGUAACCUUGGCAUGUUUGUGACGGCAGCAGGCAUCUCAGAGCGCCCACCCAUCCAGUGGUCGGAGGGCAUCACUGCUCUGUCCUACUACCACCCUUACAUCAUCACUGUCACCAGCCAGUUCAUCAGAGUGUACAGCUUGAUAGACCAGCAGCACAAGCAGACCAUCAACUUCUCAGGCGGAGAGCUGGUGGGGAACUUUGACGGGCAGCUGUACGUGGCAGCAAACUCCUGCGUGUCCUGCCUCAUGCCCCAGCCCUGGACCAUGCAGGUGGAGGCCCUGAUGGACAGCGAGAGGGUGGAGGAGGCUGUGGAGUUAGCAGAGCACAGCGGGGCGGUGGGCAUGAGUCAGGAGCAGUACCAGCAGCUGUGCCGGACUCUGCUGCAGCGCGCUGGCUUCAUCAAGCUGGCCCACGGGGUGUUUGACCAGGCACAGGAGUACUUCUUGAAGGGUGCGGUGGACGUGAGGGAGGUGAUCAGCUUAUUUCCAGGGUUACUUCCGGCUGCUGUUGAGUUCACCCGUGUACAGCCACCAAUGCACCAUCUGGCAGACAUCAGCCAGGCCAUGCAGGGGGACCAGGCAAGGAUCAAGGCAGCCAAGACGUUCCUGCUCUCCUUCCUGCUGCACCUCCGCUUCCAGGGACACCUCACUCACAGGAUGGAGGUGGACACAGCAAUCAUCAAGCUGCAAGCAGAGGGUGACUCAUCAGACUUGCUGCUCUUCCUGGACCACAGCGACAUAGCGUGCAACCUGCCGGAGUGCACGCAGUGGCUGACCGACCACAAACAGUUCUCCGCCCUGGCUAAGCUGCACAGAGUAUUGGGUAACCUUGAGAAGUCCCUGGAGGUGCUGACCAAGCUUGUGAGGGAGGAGGUGACAGACAAACACUUCCAGGGCGUCAAGGAUCUGGUGGACUGCCUUGUUCUUGCCACGGACACCAACGUGGUGUGGCGUUAUGCAGACUUUGUGCUGGACCGAGACUCCAGCGAGGGUGUGCGUGUGUUCACCGAGACACAGGCCGCCCUGGACCCCUCCCGCGUGCUGCACACCCUCCAGAGGUACCCAGAAGCACGGCUUGGCUUCCUCCACCACCUCAUUGACACAAAGAAACUGCAGGACGAGAAAUACCACACUGAGCUGGUCCUUCAUUACGUGGAUGAGGCGGUGAGGCUGAUGGAUGCUGGAGACGCCGCCCAGAGAGACCAGCUGAACGAGACGAGAGCCAAGCUGCAGGACCUCCUCAACUCUUCCAGCCACUACCAGGCCCACCCGGUCCUGGCACGCCUCCAGGGAACCAACCUACAUGUGGAGACAGCAGCGGUGUUUGGCAGGCUGGGGGAACAUGAGAAGGCACUGUCUAUGUUGGUGCACCAGCUGAAGGACUUCAGUGCGGCAGAGCAGUACUGUAUUGCCCAGAGCAGAGUGGCGACCAGCAGCAGUGCCAAGUCAAACAUAUUUCUCAAGCUGUUAAAGAUAUACCUCCGUCCUCCUCCUGGCUGCAGUGAGGACGACAUAGAGUUGGUGCCAGCAAUAGAGCUGCUGUCUGUACAUGCCGAGGAGCUGGACGUAUCUUCUGUGCUGGCCCUGCUGCCCCCCACCUGGUCCCUCGCUAUCAUCCACCACUACCUCCGUGCUGCCCUCAGGAACUCCCUCCACCAGAGUCGCAUUAAGAGGAUCCAGCAAACCCUUCUACGCAGUGAGAAUCUCCAGCAGAAAUUCGUGCUGUACAAACUCUCAAAGGACAUGGGCCCCAUUCCUCUCGCUGCCAAUCGGGUGUGCUGUGUGUGCAACCGAGGAUUCACCAGCUGCUCCUUCACCAUCUACCCUAACGGCGUGAUGGCUCAUCCCUCCUGCGCGCCAAACCCCAGCGUGUGUCCCCUCACUGGCACCGUCUUCCAGGCAGCCCACAACAGCCCCACCUCACCCGCCCCUGCCCAUCAGUACAGGUUGUGAUGUGUUGUGUAGCCCAGACACAAAGACACUCCUGUAUUCUUCCUUUAGGUACUAAUGUGGUCUCAUUUCAUCUUUUCACUGUUAUUUGCUACUGGUGGCUCUAACCUGGUAGAAGUGCAGCCAAGACACUCAUCUGGACACUCACCUGGACACUCAGUUUUCUCUUUCUUUAGGCCUCUUUGUGGUAAAACUUAAAGCUGGUAUAAGAAAUGCAUGGCAAAAAAAUAAACAGAAAACUGGUGAACUAUUUUGACAGCAUAGAAAAGUGUUAAUCCUCAGGUGAAAACACUUGCAAACACACACACACACACACACACACACACACACACUUUUGCAGCAUUUUCAUCCAUCAGGCUUAUAGCAGUUUGGAGUUUUCUCACUAGUACAUCUUUCGUUAAUUACCGACCACGGUGAUACUUCUUUGCUACUCUUUCACAGCUAUCAGGUACAUGUUCCCUCUUGUGUACCAAAUAACUGUGUAAUUUGAUUUAUAUUACACCAAGAAUAUAAUUACUGAUGCAGUAUUAAUUUCACAUAGUGCAGUACGAGUUAAUUUGAUUUUGAGGCUGCUAGUCAAAUCAGUAUGACAUGAUUAUGAAGUACAAGAGCCCAGGAACUAAAUUAAAUUUUCAAUUAGUUUUACUUUGAUGCAAUGAUGACCUUAUUAAUUGGUUGAUCUCUUGGUGAGUCACACAGGGUGGCAGACCACCGAUACAGGUACUACUGAACUGUGAAGUGUGUUUUAAUAUGCAUAUGUGAUUUGUAUUUAUUUAUUUUUUCUUAAAACAUUAUUCAUUGGAGACAAAUCUUGCUUUUUUUUAUAAUGUCAUACCACAAAUGUUUGAGGAUAGAUUAUAUUGAGAUUCAGUUAUUAUGCAGUAGUUAUCAAGGAAAGCUUAUAUGUAUAUAUAGAUUUAUGUGUAUAAUUAAACAUUGUUUUGAGUAAUAUAUUCAUGGUAUCUCUGUGAGGAAUUAAUGGAAAGCCAUAAUUAACACUUGAAAGCAAGAGAUGCAUCCAAUACGGGAGCAGCUGUGGACACUGGAAGAAGUGAGGAGGACCAAAGUUGUCUUGAAAUUUGAAUUCCAUAAUGAAAAAUAGAUGGUUGUGUGCCAAUAUCUCGCCAUUGGAAUUAUAAUGGCAUGCAGACAUUGGUCUGCAAGUCUGAUACAAGCCCAUGACUGUCUCUGGGAGCAGGACGGACAGGGGAUUUAUUACAGCCCAAUGCUUGAGGUGGGUUUUGCAAGUAUCCUGCCAGUGUUUGAUUCCCAGGACAUCCAGCACUGGCCCAAUACAUUUCCAAUACCUCCAUCUUAGCUGGGAGAGACAGAGUGGCUACUGUUACCAUUUGUUGAUGUUAUGAUAGACUAAAGAGAGAGUUAAUAAAGAAAGGGAAUAUGAAACAGAUGAAGGAAAUAUACAGAAAUGCAUAGAUAGAUGGUGUAUACAAGUAUGUAUGGUUGAAUAUGUGGAGAUAUGCAUGUUAUUGUACACUGCUCAUCCUUAUUUAUAUUAGCUACAAUUUCUUUUCUUCGCAUUUUGUUUAAUUUUCAUAUUUUCUUUGUUACUGUUAGGUUUUUUUUUUUCUUUAUCUUGUUAUUGCUGUUCAUUCUUGUUGUUUUCCACAAACACGUCUGAUUCACCACAAUGGAAUAAUCAAAUAAAGAUGACCAGAAUUA